AUGAUGAACAGUCCGGCCAGUCGGUUCCGCGAAUUAUCCAAGAACAUCAACAGUUUGACCAAUCUACUGGGCGUUGAUGUGUUGGCGCCCAAAUUGGAAUUUAACUUUCGCACCUGGACCACGAUGUUUGCGAUUGUAAACUAUGCGGGUUUCGCAGUAUUUUCAAUUCUGAAUAAUGGUGGCGACUGGGAAGAGGGGCUGAAGUCCAGCUUGAUGAUCGGUGGUCUAAUUCAUGGAGUUGGAAAAUUCUUGACCUGCCUGUUGAAACACCAGAAGAUGAGGCAUCUAGUCCUAUACACACUAACUAUUUACGAGGAGUACGAGAAUCGGGGAGAUUCCUACCGAAGCACCUUGAACUCGAACAUAGAUCGACUGCUCCACAUCAUGAGGAUCAUUCGCAUCGGAUAUGUGUUGGCCUUUUGCAUGAUGGGUGCCCUUCCGCUGGCUAUGUUACUUCAUGAUGGAACAAGGGUCACCGCAAUGCAGUACAUGAUUCCCGGUCUACCGCUGGAAAAUAACUUUGGCUACAUUGUCACAUAUCUGAUUCAGUUGGUGACAAUCGUCGUGACAGGCGUUGGUUUCUACGCCGGCGAUUUGUUCGUCUUUCUCGGCUUGACUCAGAUCCUCACGUUUGCCGAUAUCCUGCAGAUAAAGAUAAAUGAGUUCAAUAACGCCUUGGAACAGAAGGCGGAAAUUAGAGCUUUGGUGGCAGUUGGAGGCCGCAUAAAUGGAGAGGAAAAGCGCCAGCAUCUACUAUUGGAAGUGAUCAAAUGGCAUCAACUUUUUACAAACUACUGUCGCACUGUGAACGGCCUUUAUUAUGAAUUGAUCGCAACUCAAGUUCUGUCUAUGGCUUUGGCCAUGAUGCUCAGUUUCUGCAUUAACUUGUCCAGUUUUCACAUGCCAUCGGCCAUUUUCUUUGUGGUUUCCGCCUACAGCAUGUCCAUCUAUUGCAUUUUGGGGACCAUUCUUGAGCUUGGAUACGACCAGGUCUACGAUGGCAUCUGCAAUGUGGCCUGGUACGAGUUGAAUGGGGGCCAGCGAAGGCUUUUUGGACUGAUGUUGCGAGAAGCGCAGUAUCCACACACUAUACAAAUACUUGGCGUUAUGGCGCUAUCUGUGAGAACGGCACUGCAAAUCGUAAAGCUUAUUUACAGCGUGUCCAUGAUGAUGAUGAAUCGUUCUUAA